GGCCGCGCUCGACAGAGAAAUAGAGGAAAAGGUGUAUGUACGACAUCCGCGUGACUCCAGUGAUCAAGUUACUUACAAUUGCUUUUUUUUUAUUUCAAAUGUAAAAAAAUCGGACAAAUGGCUCUUGCGUUAUGUGUACACGGCCGUUCAAGUCGCUUUUAUUGAAGUAAUUAUGAACAAAUCGAACGAAGCUGAGUCUUUGACAUUUGCUGGCAAACUUUAAUCGACGGAUUAAAUCAGUCGCAGUCCGUCUAACGUCGUCGUAAGGGACUUUAUGUUUUUUAUCAGCAAGCGAUAUUCCCCCGAUAUUUCUGUCGUUUCGGAACCGUGAAAAUGAAACGCGACGUGUAAACGAUGCGUGUCUUGUUGCACACUUGUGAUAGCCACAAUAUUACAUUUGCGAAUGCGUGUAUGCACGUACAUACUUGCGUACGUUUUACGAACCGAUUGAAUGUCCCCUGUGUGUCAUACGUAACGUGUUUUCCUGGAUGAAAAAGGAUAGAGGGACAUUAGUAUGUAUGUUAGCAUCAUUUUGUUUGUUGCAAUGGAUACGUUAGUAUCUUGGGACUGAGUGCAACGUAUAAUGAAGUCCUUAAACAAAGUUUCCAUAGAGUAUUAAAAUUGACAAGAUAGUGGAUACCUUUAACAUUUUAAAAAAAUGAGACAGUGUUGCUUGAACCACCAACUUCAAUUGUGGCUUAUGUUCCUUGUCUUUUGUGUGAUGUGCAACAAAGCGGAUAUUUUAGUAUUUUCUGCAGCCGCUAGGCAUCAGAUUGAAGAAGAAUUUAGAGAUAUACCAGCUAGAUUCGGAGGUUUAAUACCAUCUGAUGGGAUUAAGGGAAUGGUUGUGUAUGCAGAACCAUCUACGGCAUGCCAUGAAAUACAGGGUCCUCCUAAUAAUACCAAUUAUAAUGGCAAUUGGAUAGUUUUGAUUGCUCGCUAUAAUUGUAGUUUUGAAAGAAAAGUACGAAUGGCACAGAAGGCUGGGUACGAUGCUGUGAUUAUACAUAAUGUAAACAGCAACAAACUAGAACCAAUGCAAGCUAGAGAUCCUGGAGGAAUAUUAAUACCAUCUGUAUUUGUCAGUGAAAUCACAGGAUUAAUCAUUAAAGAAAAUUAUUUAUACGAUGAGUUAUAUUUUAUACUAAUCAAUGAUGAUAUCCCAUUCAAUGUAACACACUUGUUUUUGCCUUUUGCUAUUGUUAUUGGAAUAUGUUUUCUAGUCAUGAUUAUCUUUAUGAUUGUUAGAUGUAUUAAAGAGAGGAGAAAGCAACGAAGGCAUAGGUUGUCUAAUUCAAGUUUGAAGAAGAUUCCUACGCACAAAUAUACAAAAGGAGAUCCGUAUGAAACGUGUGCGAUUUGUUUAGACGAUUAUGCAGAAGGUGAAAAAUUACGAGUGUUACCCUGUGCACAUGCUUAUCAUACAAAAUGUAUAGAUCCUUGGUUGACAAAAAAUCGUAGAGUGUGUCCCGUUUGUAAGCGAAAAGUUUUUGCAGCGGAUGAGCAAGUUGUUACUGACGAGAGUGAUUCGGAUGCCGACGAUACGACACCUUUGAUUCGCGAGGGUCAUCAAGGAACUCAAGGUGGAACAUUUUCGCGACAAAGGGAGAACCCUUUUAGCCGUGCUAGAUCACAGACCAGAAGAUCACAAACAAUCCAUUCAAGUAGUAGUUCCGAUUCGGAAGAAUUGUUUGAUACACCAGAUGAUGAAGCUAGUGUAAGUGGCGGGGAACCAUCUAGUGGAACUGUUUUCAGGGCGUUUGAUAUUCAUAGCAUUAAUGGCGAGUUGCCGGAUCUAGAAUGUUCUGUGAGCAGCACUAAACCACACACAGUAAAUUUAUGUACAGACGCUGAAGGCUUGCCAGCCCCAGUCGUUCAAAUCAUAAAUCGAAAUAGACGACCUGUAGCAAAUUCACAAAUUUGUGAAAUUGGAUCUGUCGUAUCAAUUGAAAACGAAGCUACAAAUUUUAUUAACACGGAUUCUGAAGAGACCGAUAUUCAUGUGUAAAACUCAAUUCAAUUCUAUUUUUUAUUAUGUGUCUAUGUUGUGGAUAAAAUCGAUACGUUCUUUUAAGGUGUUACAAAAUUAGAUUACUAAAAUAAUUCAUAAAUAUGAAAACGAGGAACAUUUUCAAUGUUUUAAGGACUUCAUCUUUUAUUUCAAAGAACUAAGAUAUCUGAUAUAUAUAUAUAUAUUUAUCAUCACUUGUAUCUCUGUCAACUAACUGGUUCGCAUUAACAUGACUGUUCCAUAAAUUUACUUCAUUCUUGUCUAACUUCACUGUUCUUCAAGCAUUUUUUUCUACGUCAUGUAUUUUAUAACAAGGUAAGGCGAAAAUUUCUUGAAAAUAUGCCAUUGUUUUAAUAGUAAAAAUCAUUGUUACCCUGUCAGCUUAUUUUAAUUAAAAAUCAACUUAAAUAUACGAAAAUAGUUAUUUAAUAGCGUUAAGACUGCAAAUUACUUUUCUCUUUUGUUUAAAAGAUGUUCGUAUAGAAACAGUUUAUUCAGAAGUAUUGUAAUUCGUUUAAAUUCAUUCAUUUGUUUUACUCAAAACUUUAUUAUCAACAUUAUUAAAAACUAACUAACGUUUAUUUACAGUUUUACACGGCCUAGAUAUUUUAUCUUUACACUUGAUUCAUAUAUACUUUACUAUUAUCUUUGUUUAGUGAUCACAGUAUAUACAUACACACAGAUACACACAUUCAUAUAUAUCUUUUCUUUUUGUUUGAUAUUAAAAAUAUAUUUUUAAUUAUUUCAUUAAAGAUGAUCAUUGGCGAUAUACAUAUAUACAUACCAUGAAAGGAAAAAAUAUAUCUUUUAAUGACAUAUAAUCAGCAACGUGAAUUUGUAAAUAUUAUUUGUUAUUGUAUAUACAUACAUAUAUAUAUAUAUAUAUAUAUAUAUAUAUAUAAGUUAGAAGACCAAAAAUAGAAUUUUCUUUAAUAUGCAGGACAUGUAGAGUACAAUUAAAAUACAAUGGAUAGGGUAUAUUUGAGAUGUUGAUUGUUACGUUAACCGCAUUGAAUUUUGUUAAACAAAUUUAGUAAAAGGUAAUGAUACAUCUAAUAUUGAUAACUGAUUUUCUAAAAAGACGUAAUAAAAUAUAAUUGCAUGUUUUUGACAUGCUGUUUUCUAUACAGAUUCUGUAAAUCUGUUUAUACAUACGUGCAGAGUGUUUGAGGAGGAAUCACUUUCGCUGGUGUGUUUGAUAGGCCAGUCUGAAUAAAAAAAAGUCGUACACACUAUGGACUUUGAUUUACUUGUUCGAGAAACAGAUUUUACAUUUGUAUAAUUGACACAGAAAAAUAAGUUUUCAUCUUUUUACUCGUAUAGACCAAACGAGGUGCCCAAAGUAACGAUUUUAAUGAUUGUCAUCAGCCCAUUAUAUAAUUUCACGUUUAAUAUUAUUAAUGGCAAUGCGUGUAGCUCGUAUUUGUCCUUCACGUGUUUCUGGGUUACUGUUGCUGUACACUGCCCUAGAAGGAAGGUCAUCAUUUUGGCCAUUUCCUUUGAGCUAUAAUAAAAAAAAAAAAGAUGAAAAUUAUUUCUCUACUCUGAUUGUAUAUAAAUGCAAGAUCUGCUUUUUGAAAUAAGUAAAAAACAAGUGAAUCGAAACUUAUAGUACAUGUGGCCUCUUUUAUUCAGAAUGACCUGAUCAAACACACUGGUAAAGUUUCCUCCUGAGGCACUCUGUAUGUAUAUAUAGAUAUAGUUGGAGGGGUAAGGUGGGUUGGGAUGGAGGAGAGGAGUUUUCAGUCAUUUCCUAAUAACGUGAUAAAAACUGUCUAAAGUUAAACUGCAAAGAUAUGUAUCAUGUAGAGAGAGAGAGAGAGAGAGAGAGACGAUGCUUAAUUAUGAAUUAAUAAAUUACGGAAAUUAGGAGAUGAUUAUUGUGAUUCGAUUGAUGUUUAAAUGAAGUCUUUCGGGAGAGAAGUGAAACACGGGGAAAGUUGUAUAAAAUUGUGUAAAUAGUCGAUAUGCGUGAGGUGAUGAUGCGUGCGUGAGUCUGCGCGUGUACGUAUGUAUGUAUGUAUGUAUCAAUAUGUACAUGUAUAUGUAUAUUUUACAAUGUUAAAGAAUGAAUUUUUACUUGAUAAUUAUGAUGUCCGAAUCGAAAGAUCAGACUUGCUACCAUCUUAUUGUUUAAUGCUAGAUGUAUUGUUCGGAUAAAAAUAAAAAGAUAUUUAUAUUUUGUGUUUUA